AUGGCGCUGCCGCAAGAGAUGAUGGCCACGGCCGCCACUGACCACGAUCAGGAGUAUCGUUCGGGUGAUUGCUGGGGCGCCGAAAGCGGUGUAAGUAGGGAACAAGCAAGAAGCAGACGGCGAACAGGAGGAGAAGGGGAGGGUACUUCAUCGAACAGCGUCGUGCUUGCGAAGCGGCGCACGCACAACGGAGAGCAAGCGAAUGACACGCGCGCAUUUGUCGCUGGACUCGCCGCCGCUAGAGCCGCAAGAAAGUCGUCCUGUUGGUCUCCGCGGCAUUUUAUGUCGGAGGGCUUUUUCGUCCUGUUGGUGACACUUCUACUACCGAGGCCAGUAGCCGGGGAGGCGGCAGAACUACACCCCUCAUGCUACAUAAAUUGGGAAGUAGACGAGGUAGAAGCCGAAGCUUGCGAUGGGGCAACGGAUGCCUGCUUUUGCUUUGCGUAUGUUCGUAUUCUGAAUGAGGUUGCCUUUUACUUUGUCCUUUUCACUCUUAUCAAAUACACGCUUUUAGGGACUCAGUGA